UCAAUGAAAUUUUAAGGUAUGUCCUAGUCCCCUGCCUUUUUAUUUAUGUUUACUUUGAUGGGGUUAUCUUCAUAAGACUUCUACAAAUGGAUACCUUGUUUGAAGCAAGAAAUCAAGUUGUCUGUGGAAAACUUUUAAACUAAUCACGUAUAUGUCAGGAUUCAGUGUCGAAUUACGAAACUUCUAGUCUUGACACCUCUCAAAAUAAAUAAAUUCAAUAAAUAUUACUUUAAUUAAUCAAACAAUUUAUAUUUUCAGUAUUUUUACAGACUUUUAAACAACCAUAAUAUAAGGAUUAUUACAGAAUUUUGAAAAGCAAAUACAUAGUAAAAAUAACAUAGUAAAAAAUUUGAAUUGAUAUCAAGCUAUGGUAAUAAAUAAGUCUCUGACUUUGUAACAUUAUUUACUCAGGGUAUAAUAAUCUACUAUUUUACAGCAGUUCAAAGUCUCUCAUUCAUUGUUUAACAAUGAAAUCACCUCCAGCAAAUCAUAAGACCAAAGAUAAGCCCUGAAAAACCAACUUCUGUUGGAGGAUACAGUAUUAAAGUAUAUCUCUCUGGUUGGAGACUGUUCAAAAUUAGUACCUUACUGAAAACAGCUCAGAGAAUUUUUAAGGAAUAUAUUUCAAGAUGGAUACCAAUAACCCUGAUGGUGCUUUCAGACAGGUGUUGUCAGUUAUUUCAGAAUGGUAUGACCAGCUUGGCUACAUCAAUAUGCUGAAAGUUUUGUACAGAGAUCUCUUGAAAAACAGUUAUGAGUUGAAUAAGGCUUCCAAGGUGAUGGACCUCAUGAAUUUGUUGAUUGCUUCUGGGGAUCUACACUCAACAAAUUUAAAGCUUCUCUAUGAUACCAUAAACAUAACAAAGCAGUAUGGCUUGGAAAUAAUUAUCAAAAAAAUACUGCCAGAAUUUCAAAGUGUUAAAGAUGUAGAAAUCUCAAAAUUUACGCAUCACAGACAGAAAGUUAUGAAGCUUGGGAUGGCACUGAUUGAUGAAGAUUUAAAAAAGAUCAGUGGAUUUUAUAAUGAACCAGUAAAGGAAUAUGCAGACACAUGGAGUUUGGUUGUGGAUUUGGAGCACAACAUGAUAAUCUGUGAAGGAAAAUUGGACGCCUUCAUUAAAAAUCUAAAUACCCUUAAACUCCAAAAUGCUGUUAAAGCUUUAACUGAAGACAUCCCAAAUGCAACUUCAAACUAUGGACAUGGUGAAGGUAAUGAUACAUGUGUUCAUGUAAAAAAUUUCUGUAAAAUUAAAGUGCAGAAGAGAAUCUGA